AUACUAAUCCCCUGUGACGCAGAGCAUGUGUGCCAAUGGUUGAGUGUUGAGAUGUUGAUAAUGUAAAUAACAGUAACAAAAUUAAUCAAAUUUAGUGUAUCAAGAUGGCUGCCCCAUCCAAUGGAACUGGAAAUCUUGUAGACGAGUUUGAAGAGUCAUUUCAGCAUUGUCUGAACGUGUUUACGAAGCAAGAAGCGUCAACAUGUGUGGAGAAAGAGGAAGUCAAGGUAGAAGUUGAAAGGUUCAUUGACCUGGCGAGGCAGAUGGAAGCGUCCUUCUUACAGAAAAGGUUCCUACUAUCAGCUAUGAAGCCGGAACUGCUCGUAAAAGAAGAGAACAAUGACUUGAAAUGCGAGUUGCAGCGCAAGGACGAGCUGCUCAGACGUCACUAUGACAAGAUCAGCCAAUGGCAUAAUCUGUUAGCUGAUCUUCAGGGUCACACAGUAUACAACAAGUGUCAACAGCAAACGACACCGCAGCCGAUGCAACAAGCCGCCUCACCGAUGCAGCAGCCGUGCAGCGUGCAGCAAAGCGUGCAGGCCCAGCAAAUGGCAGCUGCUGCAGCCGCGCAGCAAGCGGCGCUCCAGCAGCAAGCAAUGCAGCAACAACAGGUCAGACCCCCAUUACCGCCCGCGUAUCCUAAUACCGUCACGAGGCGGUAACAAACAAUAGAAACUGACAAAGAUAUACCUAUCUCUCUCUAAAAUCAACGAUAAUUGUUGCCGUCCCUUUCUAUUAGUAUUAUAGGGGCUGCCAGAUUACAAAGCAGUAAAAAUUUAAACAAAUGUAGUUGUAUUUAAAUUUAAAAAAAACAACAAUGGUUGAUUAUUUAAAUAUAUAAUUAAGUUUAUUGGAAAACAACUUAUAAGGUUUAAAAAGGUUAAUUAAUUAUUAUAUUACUAAAGACUAGCAGAAACAAAAUAUAUCUAAUUGUAAACAAUUGUCGAAUCCACUUGAAGGCGAAAAAAAUUAUGUAAAUCGAUCCAGCUGUUUAGGAUUUAAUUAUAAAUAGAAGGUUUAUAUUAUAUAAAGAUUAAAUGGAAAUUGAAAAAUUUAUAUUUGAAGCUUAUAUCUAAGAAAAAUCUUAAUUAUAAUAAUAAAAUAAACAUAAUCGGUAAAAAACAUCUGAAACAACAUAUGAAAUUAUAUUCUAUACAUUAUCUAAAGAACGGUGAAAUGCUAUUUUAUUU